UAUUCCGCACAGCUCACCAUAUAUUCUAGGCAUUCAAACCAACCGCAGAUUUUAGCUGGUGAUGCUGGCUGAGAGCUGAGUGCAGUUGGGUUAUUUUUUGUAUCGUCACUCUUCGCACGGUCUAUUCUGUCAAGGCUCCCACGGUCGACUGACCACGUUCUCGAGAUGUUGGCAUUGAGGCGGCCUUGACCCUCGGAGGCUGCGUGACCAGCUUGUGCGUGACUGCUGUUAUUCGUCCCGACCUAGAGCAAUACUUCCCCUUGUCACCUGGAGUAGAGUCAACGGCCUGUGCAGCUUAUAAUACCAGGCCCUUUUCGCCCUUCGUCCUCGUUUCCAUUCCCAAACCCUCAAGCACCCAUCAGUCUCACAACACCAGCACUAACAAGCCUUGCCACCCCGUCUCAGAACACCCGGCAGCCAGCAAUAAACAUGCAAUACUUAGCCGCCCUUUUGAUGGGGCUUACCCUUUUUCCGCACCUGGCUGUCGCCGCCGGCGGUUUCUUCCAAUCCUGCCGAUCUAGCUGGUACAUGGAUGGAAAGUACAUGAUCGCCGAGUGCAAGAGACUCAACGGCCAGUACCGGAGAACCCGUCAGGACAUGAACCUUUGCGUCACCAACUUCCGCGGCGUCCUGGCACCGGCCAAUAACGGCUAUUUCUUUAACACCUGCCAUGGUUGCAGCGAGGGCGCGGGCGGCCUUCUCACUGCCGAUUCACCCCCGACGAGCAGCAUGACGUGCUUCUGCAAAACCGGUUACCAGGAUUAUGAGCUAGAUACUUUUCUCGAUCUCAAUAGCUUCGUUGAAAACCGGGACGGGUAUAUGUUCUGCUUUGGCCACCGCAGCGAGCCGAUUUAACUCGGUAGCUAUCUCACCCAGAAACAUGGCGAUCGUGGCAAGGUUUGUGGAUAUUGGGUUCGGGC